CCCGUUAAGGCCUACGAAACCGAAACCACGCGCUUCGGCUCUGCCUCGCCGCCGCCAUGGCGGAGCGCGACUAGGCAGGAGAUGCAGAUGGAGACGAGCUGCUCGCCUGCCGCCGCGUCAGCUUCCGCUCCCUCUCCUUCGCCUCUCGCGGUUUCUCCCCCGCGAAAUUUUGCUGGAUUCGGCUCCGAUCCCCGUGCGGUGCGGCUGUGCUCGUUCCGAGUCCAGGGACCAAUGCGGGUCCCGCUAUGUCGUUCCGCUUGGGCUUUUGGGGGAAUGGCGAUACGAUCCCCCGCUAGGGUUCCGCACUAUUGCAACCAUGCUGCAUGGACAUAAUGCAAUUGGAGAGAUAACAUUUGUUAAACGGCAUUGGAGAUAGGUACAUGUUUCCCUUCGAGUGGGACUUAUAAAUUUCUCCCAACUGCACUUGGAUUUUUCAAAAUAUGUUCAUAGGCAAGUUCCUUGUCUCCUAGCCUUCUAAUUUGUAUUACUACUGUGAUGUUGAUGCUGGGACGUAGAGCUGUCCCUACGAAUGUUAAAUAUGUUAGGUUGGCUAUUUUUUGACAUUCGAAACAUCUAUAGAUCUGGGACCUGCAGUUAUCUUGUCUGUAUAUCUUUUAUUCUGCUCAUGGAGAUAACCAAGAAAGUAUACUGCUCGAUUACUGUGAAGUGAUGCUGUUCAACACAAAAAUCUUGGAAGGAAACUUGGUUCAUAUAAAGCUUCAGUAGGUAUGUGCACCCAUCUAAAUAAUGCUACAGUAAAUGUCCUGUUCUUAUUGCAAAAUCGUUCUGCAAGAUCCUUGAGUAUAGCUCGACUAGGUAAACGGAGAUACUUUACUUCAUUACAGACGUUUACAUGUUGUUUAAUUUCUUUUGGUUUCAAGGGACAACAGAAAUGGUCUUCUUUUGGAUAUCUUUACUUCUACUUUGGGAUUUUAGAAUAACAGCAAUUAGCAAAAUGCAUCAUAUGAAAAGGUUAGCCAGCCUGUGACAGUCUAUAAUAUCUGCAGUGAGAUGAGAAAACCAUAACCAUCCCUUAAAUAAAGAAAAGGGAAAAAGUCCAACCGUCCAUUAGUGGAAGGUAUCUCCAUUCUGAUCACAUCCAACAAUUUGAUGGGGUUGCAAAAUGCUUGGAAUUUGCAUGCUUCCCGAAGCAAACGGCCCUGAUUUCAUCUCCAAAGUAACUACUUAUUCCCCUUCCAUAUAUCAACUGAUAAUAAAAAUACGACAAUACAUAUAGUGCCCCACUUGUAGUGGCUUGUUUUCAUGGCAUGAAUAUUACUCCACCAAAAAAGUUCAGAUAUGAAUAUGCUGGCCUCAACAUGUGCAGAUCAGAGGAACUUGACACUUUCGGUGUUUCGGUGUCAAGACAGCACUUGCCACGCACUCGGUUGCUUCACUUCCCAACUUAUCUUUAUCCAUUCCGUAUAACUGUUAUUCAGCUUUAUGAAUAUUAGGUACCUAUUUUCUUAUCCUACAUCAUUAGCCAUGAAGUUACUAUUGUUUAGGUUGUUAUGCAAAUUUGGUGUUAGUCACCUAAAAAAACUUGACCCCUGGGGGUUAGCCACCCCCGAGGCAUUACCAUGAAAGAUAGAAGGUUUCUCCCGCAGGGUGAGAAAAGGCCACGAAUCCCGGCUGUCCAGGACGUGCCACUGACGGCGAGGGCGCAUGCCUGCGGCCGUGCGUUCACGCUGCAUCCGACAGCGGACCACGCGUUUCACUGAAAUAGCAGCGAGUGGCCUUUUUUUGUGAGAACGGGGAGUCGAACUCCCAACCUGCAAGCUGCACACCCGCAAGCCUACCACUGUGUGCUCUUGUUGCUUGUCAUUUUGGGAGCUCUUAUUUCAUCCUGUCCUGAAUGACUUUCACCCUCAACUUUAGAGUAAGGUACAUAUUUGGCUGCUGAUUAUUACCAUAGAUGCUUUCAAAUUCUAGCUUUGGUCUAGAAGCUUUUAUUCUAUUUCUCGUAACUGCCCACCCUAAUAUAAUCUAGCUUUCAAUGAUGAGCAUGUUGAGGUCCUGCAGCAAGAUCUGGAUUCUUUUCCUUGUUAAUUCAAAUGGCUAUUCUUUUGGCUUUUAGCACAGGACAUUGUCAGGUCUCUUGUUUCAUUAUUUAUUGGUAGGUAGGUUUUGGGUUUCCCUGAAGUGGGUGUAUAUUUUGCCUUGCUUUCAAUUGAAGAUGGCUGACGUCCAGUAUCUCCAGAUAAGAUGUUACCUCUUGUGUCAGAGUUAUACCUGGCAUUUUCCAAGUCUGGUUAAGGAACCUGGUGUCAGAGUUAUAUAGAGUGGGAGCUUUGUGCGCAAUGAACUCAACUUUGGUAAAAUUUUCAAAUCUAUGCUGCCUGUGUAUAUCCCUGAAUGUGUUAUACAUAUGAUCUACUUUCAAUCUUUCAUUCAGGAAUCAGGAUUCUACCCUGUUCAGUGAUUUUGGAGUUAUGACAACAUGUGUUGACGGUAAUAACUAUUUUGAAAUGUUCAGUGGUUUUGGAGUUUGUUAUGUCAGUGCUCUAAGACAAUUUCAUCAUGCUGUGGAGAUUAAAUGUUAAGGGAUUCUCUUACUGAUGGCCAAAUCGUGUCAGUGCUGAGGGAUCAGAUGCCUCAACAGCCAGCAUCAGAUGUGACAUUUGCUUAUACUGUGAGGAGAACGGUUAAUUAAACUUGACUAUGUGACCCAGAACUGUAUUUUGCUUAUGAGGUGCCACAAGACAUGGGCUGUGGGUGCCAAAUUAUCGGGCAGACCAAUCAGCAUUUGGAUACUGCUGAAUCUGAUGUACAGUGCAAAGCCAAUGCACGAGUAACACAACACUGACGCAAGCUCCUAUAACCAUCCUAUCUAGCUCUCUAAACUGUUUACAGCCUAGCUUUCACUAAACUACUAAAGUAUAUCCUACAUGUGAUGGUACUUUGUCCCUGUAGGUCAGGGACUCAAGUUGGAGCUUAGACUAUCAUAAGGCUACGGGAAGCUCACCUCAUCUUGCCUGCUCUUUAGGCUUCUCCUAUGGAGCUACGACUAUUUAACCACCCACAACCCGUCCAUUUCUUUCUCCCAUGCACCUGUCUUCCCUCUCCUCAUAGCUUCUUUCCCAGUGCUUGAUUGCCAUUGCGUCAUCUACAUCCCAAACUUGUUUAUCUCACUCCUGCCAUCCUAAUUGGUCUCUCUUUCAAAACCACUUCCUCCCAUCCUCCUGGUAACCACAUUAAGGGAGAUGUCGAGCCGGAGGUCACGGUCUAGGCAGUCUGGCUCCUCGAGGAUCACCGAGGAGCAAAUCAGUGACCUCGUUUCCAAGUUGCAGGACCUCCUCCCGGAAGCUCGCCUCCAGAGCAAUGCCAGAGUACCAUCCGCGAGAGUGUUGCAGGAGACGUGCAACUACAUCAGGAGCUUGCACCAGGAAAUGGACGACCUGAGCGAGAGGCUGUCGGAGCUGCUGGCGACGUCGGACAUGAGCAGCGCGCAGGCGGCGAUCAUCCGCAGCCUGCUCAUGUAGGGAGACAGACAGAUCUUGGUACCCUUGGAGCGUUCGUAGCUUAAUUACGUAGAGUGAUGUUUAGUACUUCGAGAAGCAGGUUAUUAAUUCCCUAAUUCGCCAAUGUACUUCGCCUACGUGCGUACGCGCUGUUGUCGUGUCGACGCCUGAGCCAAAGCUAUCCUUUUUUCGUGUACUUAAUCAAGCACAUCGUAAUUCGCGCAAAGCUUAAUUGUAUCAUUGCUGUGAGUUGUUCGUUCAAAAAAAAAUAAAAAAUCAUUGCUGUGAGUUCUUCCUUGC